AUGGGCACCGUGGAAUUACAAGGUGAUGAAUGGGACCUGCCCUGUUCAGACGAUGAAAUAUCUAAAACCGGUGUAUUUAUCGGCAAAAACUGGAUGCCAGAGCCAGCUGAACUGGAGGAGCUAUAUAAGGCUUUGGAUAAAACUGGAACUCUACCGCUGGAGUGGAAAUGCCCUGGUCGGAGACCGCCUUCGCCGCUACCUGUCAGUAAAGAAAACCAACCAGAAAUUCCAGCAUCGCCGAUAAGAGAAGAGAAGUCAGAUUUCGAUUUUAUGGAUGAAGUGAGUUCGCUACGAUUACGAGUACGUAGUAAAGGAGAAGAUACUUUGAGAGGUUCAGCUAAGAAGAAGACAACAUCAUUCGAUGGCAUUCUCUCUAAUAUGAUAAGGCAUAAGAGGAUAGAACAAAUGGAGAAGCAAGCCAACACUUCCCCAUCCACACCAUCAUCCAGUGGCAGUUGA